AUGCAGCAAGUGGAUUCUAUCAUGCCAUUGUCAAAUAUUACCAAUCUGCACCCCAGGAUCUUUCUUCUCCUUGGCAUUCCAGGAAUGGAAGCCAUACACACAUGGUUAUCAGUGCCUUUCUGCCUUGUUUACCUGGGUGCUCUUUUAGGGAAUUUUUCUAUUCUCUUUAUUGUCAGAAUAGAUUCCAAUCUGCAUGAGCCCAUGUAUUUCUUCCUCUGUAUGCUCUCUGUGACAGAUCUGAUCCUUUCCACGACUGCCAUGCCUAAAAUUCUCAGCAAUUUUUGGUUUCAUGACAGAGAGAUUCAUUUUGAAGCCUGCCUGAUACAGGUUUUUCUCAUUCACUCACUAUGCAGUAUGGCUUCAGGGUUUAUCUUGGCCAUGGCCUUGGACCGCUAUGUAGCUAUCUGCAACCCUCUGAGACACUCCACUAUCCUGACUCACAGUGUCAUCUGGAACUUGGGGAUAGUGAUUGUCUUCCGUGGAGUGUUGCUUUUCAGUCCUCAACCAUUUAUGCUUCGCUGGCUUCCCUACUGUAGAACAAAUACCAUCCCUCAUACAUACUGUGAAUUUAUGGCUCUAAUCAAGUUGGCCUGUGCAAAGACCCGGAUUUUCAGAUUAUACAGUCUAACUGCUGCCUUCCUAACAGGUGGUUUAGAUUUCAUAUUGAUCAUAUGCUCCUAUAUUGUCAUCCUUUAUACUGUCUUUCGUCUUCCAUCCAAAGCAGCUCGGCUGAAGACCUUGGGCACAUGUGGAUCACAUGUUUGUGUUAUCUUAGUAGCCUAUACUCCAGCCUUUUUCUCCUUCCUUACUCACAGGUUUGGUCAUAAUGUGGCCCCUCACAUUCAUAUCUUUGUGGCUAAUAUUUACCUCCUUGUUCCCCCCUUAGCAAACCCAAUGAUCUAUGGCAUUAGAACCAAGACAAUCAGAGAACGUUUUCUCCAAAUUUUAACAUCUAAAAAAGCAUAA